AUGUUUCGCUGGUUCCGACCGCUGUCCGCUCCGGACGAGAUCUACGCGUCCAGUCUCCAGACGCUCCAUCUGGGCCACGCCCUCUGGUACCCCGAGCCGCACGAGUCGGGCGAGCCGCAGAUCGGCGAUGUGGGAUUCAUGUUUGAGGGGGCGUUCAUCAGGUUGUUCAACCUCGACACGUCUGCUGCCGAGAAGAAAGUCACGUUCUGGGACCCGCCGUACAAGAUCACCGAGCCC